AUGAUACAUGUAACAUUGCCAAGGGGUAAUGACAUGGCUCGGAAACCAUUUCAAGAGGUACUCGCUCUUCUCCCACCAUAUGAGGGGAAAUCUGUUCUGGAACUUGGUGCUGGUAUUGGCCGAUUUACUGGUGAAUUAGCUGAAAAGGCUGGUCAGGUUGUUGCUUUGGACUUCAUUGAGAGUGUCAUCAAAAAGAAUGAAAGCAUUAACAAGCAUCACAAAAAUGUUAAAUUUAUGUGUGCUGAUGUGACAUCUCCAGACCUGAAUUUUUCAGCAGAGUCAAUGGACCUGAUAUUCUCAAAUUGGCUACUGAUGUAUCUCUCUGACAAAGAGGUUGAGGAUCUUGCAGGAAGGAUGGUCAAAUGGUUGAAGGUUGGUGGGUUUAUAUUCUUCAGAGAAUCAUGUUUCCAUCAGUCUGGAGACCACAAGCGAAAGAAUAACCCCACCCACUAUCGUGAACCCAGAUUUUAUACCAAGGCAUUUAAAGAAUGCCAUAUGCGUGAUGAUUCUGGAAAAUCUUUCGAACUUUCUGUUGUUGGAUGCAAAUGCAUUGGAGCUUAUGUGAGAAACAAGAAAAAUCAAAAUCAGAUAUGCUGGAUAUGGCAAAAAGUUAGGUCCGAGGAUGAUAAGGGUUUCCAGCAAUUCUUGGAUAAUGUUCAGUAUAAAUGUAGUGGGAUAUUACGUUAUGAACGCGUCUUUGGACAAGGCUUUGUGAGCACCGGAGGAAUUGGUACGACGAAAGAAUUUGUUGCUAAGCUGGGUCUUAUGCCUGGCCAGACAGUUCUAGAUGUGGGCUGUGGCAUUGGGGGAGGUGACUUUUACAUGGCCGACAACUAUGAUGUUCAUGUUGUAGGAAUUGACCUAUCCAUAAAUAUGGUUUCUUUUGCUAUUGAGAGGGCAAUUGGGCUCAAAUGUUCAGUAGAAUUUGAGGUUGCUGAUUGCACCAAAAAAACAUAUCCUGAUAGCACUUUUGAGGUGAUCUAUAGUCGUGACACUAUUCUCCACAUUCAUGACAAGCCUGCACUGUUUAAAUCCUUCUACAAGUGGUUGAAGCCUGGAGGCAAAGUCCUUAUCAGUGAUUACUGCAAAAGAGCUGCUCCUCCAUCACUUGAAUUUGCAGAGUAUAUUAAGCAAAGAGGAUAUGAUCUCCAUGAUGUAGAUGCAUAUGGCCAGAUGCUCCAAGAUGCUGGUUUUGAUGAAGUCAUUGCAGAGGAUCGAACCGAUCAGUUCAUAGAAGUUCUUCAGCGGGAACUAAGCACAGUUGAGAAGGACAGAGAAGCAUUCAUCCAGGAAUUCUCUGAAGAAGACUACAAUGAAAUAGUUGGUGGUUGGAAAGCCAAGUUGAUCAGGAGUUCAUCAGGGGAGCAGAGGUGGGGUCUGUUUAUUGCCACAAAAAAGUGA